UGCCAACCGCCGGAAAAGAAGAAGUACGUAGACGACGUACAACAGACGCUUCUGUCAAACUAGUGAAGGAAGUGGCAGGAAAAUGUCCAAAGUGGAGCUGGCGCCGCUCAGGGCGUGGAACGACUUCUGUCCCGGAUGGGAAAGGUUCGCCAAACCAGAUACGAGCGACCUGGCGAAAUGGAACAACAGGGUUGUCAGCAACCUGCUUUAUUACCAGACGAACUACCUGCUGUUGGCCGUCAUCGUUUUCCUCAUCGUCGGGUUCCAGAACCCCAUGGGCAUGUUCACUGCUGCAGCCGUGGUGUCGGCCGUGUUCCUGGGUUCGGUCUGGGCCGGAGAGAACAGAGCCGUCAUCAACCACUUCAAGAGGCAGAACCCCACGGCUUUCGUGGUGGUUGUGAUGGUGGCCAGCUACUUUCUCAUCUCCAUGCUGGGCAGCGUCAUGGUGUUCAUGACGGCCAUCACUUUACCUCUGGCCUUGAUAUGUGCACAUGCUUCGUUUCGCCUGCGCAACGUAAAGAAUAAACUGGAGAACAAGAUGGAAGGCGCUGGACUGAAGAGGUCGCCUAUGGGCAUUCUGCUGGAGGCUCUGGGUCAGCAGGAAGAGGGUCUGCAGAAGAUCCACACUCUGUGGAGGGAACGCUGAAGGAGGCCCACUGCAUGUUCACACCUGUCCUCCAUUUGACUCAGAUACUGCUGCAUCGGGUUUAGCUGCUGUCUCUCUCCCCAGGGUUUCAUUCGCUCCACCCGGGGCUUUUCAGGGCGCCGCGUCGCUGUUGUUACACUGUUGUUACACGCUGCGUGAGUUGUGCAGGGCGUUUCUCAGCACCGGGGCUGCAGAGGGCUUCCGAGGUGUAACAUCUGGGUCUAAUGGAAAGCAGAUCAGCUGUCGGCGCCGCCAGCUGCAGCCGAGAAAGCGCCGCCAGUGUUGCCUUUUCAGAAAGAAUUAAAAAAAGUGUGCACUCAUCACAAGUCGCUGCCAGGUUUCUACUCCGGAGGCUCGAAUGCUUCAAGGGCUUGAAUGUCUGACUGUUCCUAACUGUACAUUUGAAUAGAAACCAACCGACGGCGCGUUGAUGUAAAUAAAGUCGUGAGUGUUCCA